GGCGUGCUGCUGCAGGAGUGCUCAGUGAGUGAGGCUGAAAAGACUUUUAUAGCAUCUAACUGCUCCAUAAAGCUGAAUAAAAUGGAUAAACACAAGAAACAGAUGGCAGAACGGUUCCUGAAUCACGCUCUGGGGAUCAUCUACCUGCUGACCGGAGAGAGAUACUCUGUUGUAAAGAAGAAUUCCUCUGUGAGCAGCAGUCACCAGUUUACAGGAGUGGUCCCAUUAAAAUACGAUGGUGAUGAUGAUGACGUUUCAGUGUGUUUUUCUAUGGAGGAGUGGGAGUAUGAAGAAGGACGCAAGGAGCUUUACAUGGACCUCAUGAUGGACGGUAAUCAGACACUUGGGACUGUAGAGAUUCCCUCACACAAGCGCUUAGCAGGUCACAGUGAUGAACAGCACGAUACAGAGUUCAUUUAUGAGGAAGUAGGUGAGGAAAGACGUGAAAAGACAAUUCCACACGUGGCGAGACAUUCAGAUGCAUGCGCAGAGGAUAUAGAUGGGAAGUCAUCAGUUGUGUCAGCGGCUGUGCAGAGACAAGAGUUAUAUAGGGGAGGUCACAUGAAUACGGAGGAAGCAAAAUGUACUAUAAAUACCAGUAAAGCUGAAAAUAAAGAUGAUAUAUUAAAAAUUGAGAUCACAGAAGAUGUGUGUGUAAGCGGUCAGCUGGAAGCUCCGGAGCAGGAAAUCUGUGACAGUAUCAGCACAGGUGAUUGUACAAGUGACGUUGUGAAUCGGACAGAAGAUCUUUGUCUCGUGAAUCAACUGGAAGCUCCAGAACGGAAAAAUAGUGACAAUAUCAGCCCAGUGCAUUCAUUUAAAACAGAAUACAACACAGCAAUAUAUCCAUCAGAGAAGACUGAGGAACAGAAGAGCAGAAACGUUGUCAAAGAUUUUAAUGAUGCACCAUCUACUUCAUGGACUGUUAAUGUGAAAGAAGUAGAAAACAGUGUGAUGUGCAUUAAUAGAACAGAACUUGAUAAAUGUUGCCAAGAAUCAGAUUCAUUAAAGAAACUACCUUUCUCCCACAAUCCACAUCUUGUGAAACCCCGUAAAAUGUUUACACAAGAAAUGCCUUAUGUUUGUCAGAAAUGUGGGAAAUGCUUUUCUCGAAGCUCUAAUUUAGUUACUCAUGAAAGAAUCCAUACAGGUGAGAGGCCGUUUAAAUGCCAGAAAUGCGGAAAAGGCUUCUCUCACAGCUCUAGUUUGGUUGCGCAUGAUAGAAUCCAUACGGGAGAGAAACCAUUUAAAUGCCAGAAAUGUGGCAAAGGCUUCACUCAAAGCUCAAAUCUGCAUGAACAUUACAGAACCCAUACAGAAGAGAAGCCCUACAUCUGCCAGGAAUGUGGGAAAGGCUUUUCUCACAGCUCUAAUUUGGUUGCACACAACAGAACUCAUACUGGAGAGAAACCAUAUGUUUGCCAAAAAUGUGGAAAAGGCUUUUCUCAAAGGUCUCAUUUGGUUGCACACAACAGAACACAUAGAGGAGAUUAGUUUAGUUCAAAAAUGUAACAGAAACAGCUAGAAGUAAUUAAAAGGACAGUACACUGAUUUGUUUUUUUUAUAUAUUAAUGUAUUUUCAAUGACUUGUUAUACCAGAGUAUAAAAUGUAUGAGAAAUUGCA